AUGCAUACAACUGUUUACAAUUUUGUUUGCAAUCGGCGUCUUUUUCUAAACUGAAUAGAUAAAUUACAAUUUUUUACAAUUAGAAAAAGUAUUUUAACCCUUCUGAAGUUAAUAAAAGCAUAAUUGAAUGAAAUAAAUAAAAUGUGUUAAUAAAAAACUAAAUUGAAAAGAAAAAGUCAACCAUAAAUAAUCAUAAACCUCAAAAAUGGAGGCCAUUUUACCAUUCAAAAUAAAAAAUGAACAAAAGUUCUAUGAAAGUGCCUUAAAAGUGGGCUACAAUGAAAUGGAAAUAUACAAAUUCAUUUAUGUGAUGCAACAAAGUGACAUGGAUAUUUUCCCCAAAAUGCAUGACGAACGCAUCAAUAUACUUAUCUAUGGCUGGGAAUUGUGUGAAGAUUACAAGCAAAAGCUUAGUCCAGAUGAAUGGGAACUGCCAGAGGAAAUGGAAGUGAUGCUUAAACUUCUGGUGCCCUGGAGCAUGGAUAUAUGGUUUAGUAAGGAAUUUGAUAAGUGUAAAUUCUAUCUGAAGAAUGGUUUAAUACAUUGCUUGAAUCGUGCUCGAGAUUUGUUAAUGCGUAUGCCGGAUAUGAUGCAAAUCAAUUGGGAUUUUCUUUUGUUGUACAAUUUAAAGCCAUGGAAUGUUUUGUAUUUGAAAAAUCUCACCGUGACCAAGGAAAAAACACUGGAAAAUGGUGCUCAAUCUAUAGAGACAGAAGAAUUGCCUCCCACCAAUGAGGAUAUUGCUUAUGUCAACCUGGAACAAUUACCUUUAAUUGUCCUACGUUUAGUUAAAAUAUUUGAUCAAUCAUCCAUUGAUAUGGUUAAAACUUUAUGCAUGCGCGUUAUAGCCGCUUGGAAUAAAAUUCAUCAGACUGAACUAGAAACUUCAGGUUCUCGACGACCCUAUAUACCUCCCGAAGACAAACGUUGCCUGUUAUUAAUAUGUCACAUCUAUCUAAUGGCUGUUUAUGAAUCCGAUGAUGUCAAAGGUUAUGUCAUUGAUAAUAUGAUCAACAAUAUACGUUUCUAUUAUCAGGGAUUUCAAAACUCUACAGCCAUGUAUGCCAUGGACAAUUUAGAAUAUACUCCGGCACGUUUUAUAGCCCUCACAAAUAUUCACUUGCGUGUUCAGAAACGUGAUUUUUUCGAUUUCUUUAUUUGGAACAAAUACGAUACUUCACUAGUCAAUUUAUUUGGCGUAGUCUCACAGGCCUAUAAAAGCUAUUUGCUUGGCAAUUUGCUAAUGGAACUCAAUAAUAUGAAUGAAGAUGAUUUUGCCUCUAAUAUACCUCUAUACAAACGUCUCAUGAAUUCUUAUGUAAAUGAGAGGGAGAAAAGUGAAAUUUUUUUAUUAAAUGAAUUGGACAAGUUAGAAGCUCAACGUUAUGCUCAUAAUAUUAUACAGACUGUUAGAAAUGUUACAGAUUUCAAGAAUAAAAUAUGUAAAGGCAAUCGCAUGAGUAAUAUAGGAAAUUAUGAAAAUUCUGAUGAUACUGUGACACCGCUGGCCGAUACCAAUGAUGAAAAUCCAGCCGAGUUAAAAGUGGAAGAGGUAAAAGAGGAACUUGUGGGUGAAGAGCUGGAAGAUGAAGAGGAACGUGUUCGCAUUAAGGAAAGUGAAUUACGUUUGGAUCCCAUUUUCCAAAAUUUACCCAAUAAUGAGAGUAUUUUGUAUUAUGUUUAUGAGGUGUUGGCGAAAAAGGUGGACUACAAAGGUUGGCAUUUUGCUAAAAUUGUUUUACUUAUGAAAAUUAUUGAUCAUGAACUGAACAUGAUUGAAACUUGGCGUUAUCAUCCCGGCUUAACUACUGACUUCAUGUUAAACCUGGAAGUUAAACUUUCCCAUCACUAUGUGGACUUGGCCAAAAUCUUUAAAGAUCAUCCUUUUCUGGAACAAGAAUUUUGGCUAACAGCUUUUUAUCUCAAUCCCACGCCUGACAUCUAUGAAACCAUUAAACGUUUGGGCAUGCGAAACAAUCGCAAACGUACCGAUGAACAUUCUAAACUGGUCAUGAGCAUAGAUAAUAUAGAUGCCAAAUAUGGUUUAUUAAGCUCCACUAUUGAUGUUAAGGAAAUUGCCUCUCUGGCCAAUACAGAUGAUCCCGACACUGAUUAUGAUCCUCUCUUUUCGGCUUUACAUUCGUUACGCGUACCGGACAGUUUAGUUAAAGACAUGAUAACAGCCAUAUUUUUGCCACGCAACCGUAGUUUUGCCUGGGUUGUUGAUUGGGCCAUAUUGCGUUCGCGCUGCAAAAUGAUUAUGACCAGCAUGAAGGAGAAAAAACGUUUUGUGGAACUUAAUAUGGCCGAGGCUAAUGAACGUUUGAAAUAUUUGAUAAUCGAUUAUGAAAAGUAUAAGAAUAGACCACAGCUGGACUAUGGUACUAUUGAGGAGGGUUAUGAAAAUCUUAUGACUAGUGCUGAUUUCGAUAAGGAAACGGAUGAGGAGGAGGAAGAAGAGGAAGAUGAUUUUGAGGAUGACGAAGAUGUGUAUGAAAGUAAGAAGAGGGGAAGAGGAAGUUUUGCGGCAGCGGCCAGAAAAAAGGAAGAGGAAAAAGUUCAAGACGACAACUCCCAAGAAGAUGAUCCAUUUUUAAUGGGCAAAAGACGUACCCGAGCCCGUACCGCUGCUACACUAGCCAGUUUUCUCUUCCAAACCCUCCCCCGCUCCUCGAGACGUAAGCGCAAUCAAAAACCCCUCGAAGAGGAAACAAAACCCGACGAUGACAAGACCUCAGCCGACAAUGAUGAUAAAUCCUCCGAUUCUAAAUCACCCAUAACAACAUCUGAUUCGCCCCAGCCCUCGUCACCACUCACCGCCGAUGGUGAUGAAAAGGACACUGAAAUAGAAAUCAUACCCACCAAAAACAUCAAAGAAUGUCUCAGAGAACGACCAACAUUUUUGAACUCAACACAAGGCUUUCAGGAUCUCAUUGAUAUUUGGGAUGUGGAGAAAACAGAUUUGCAGUCAAUCGAUGAAAAUUGUGUUUCACUGAUGGAAAGUUCGGCUGUGCUGCAACGAGCCGUAAAAUGGAAAUUACUUAAUAAAGAAAUUAAUCCUAUGGGUUGCGAUGAACAGGAAUAUAUCGAUGAAACGGAAAUGAUAAUACAUAAUGCAGAGUUUGCCAUAAAAAUGGAAUUAAAUUUGAGUGCAAUUAAAGAGGAAGUUGUUGCUGAGGUGUUAGAGGAAGUGGGGAAUGAGGAAACUUCAAAGGCUAUGGAGGUGGAUGCUGAUAAAGAAAAUACAGUUACAGAAAAAAUUGAUGAGAUGGAGGAGGCCAUUACUGCCAAGGAAGCUGUGGAAUUGGAAUCAAUAGUUUUAGAGGAAUCUACUGUUGAAAAAGUAACUGAAAUUGAAUCCAAUGAAACUGAGCAGAAUAAAGAGACUUCCACCCUAGAGGACAACAGCACGGAAAGCAUUAACUCGGACAUGUCUACAGUUGCUUUCAAAGACAGUGGAGAAGUUAGUGAAUCAAACACAGAAAUGCAUUCGAAACGUAAUAGUGUUAACAAUGAUACUGAAUUAGAAAUGGAAAAGAUUCCUGAAAAUGAUUUAAAUAAAUCAACAGAAACUACAACUGAGCACAAAGAGAGCACAGAGACUGAACAAGAGAAAAUAAAUAAGGAGCAGUUAGAAGAUGAAGAAAUCACUCAAAAUACAAAUAAAGAUGAAAAAGAAACUAAGCAGGCUUCAGAGACAGAAAAUAAAGCAGACACUUCAACAAAAGAAAGUGAAACUAAUGAAAAACCAUCGAAAGAUACUGAAAUUAAAAUAACAGAUGAGCUUAACAAGACAGAUUUGGAAAACAAAAUUGAAGCUAAUGAAAAGCAACCUAAACAAGAAGAAAAUAAAGAUUUAGCCACAGAAAGUAUUUCAGAGAAAUCCACUGAUGUUGAGAAAUCAAUGGAAAUGGAUUUGGAUAAAUUAACUACAAUUGAUAAGGCCACAAAUCAAACUGAAGAGAAGGCUGAAGAUGCUUCCCUAAAAUUAACAGAAGUUCCGGAAACAUCUGAAAUCAAAGAAGUUAAAAACGAAAAGCCAGCAAAAGAUAAGGAUUCAAACCAACUUAAACAAGCAAAGGAUUCUAAUGAAAUUUUGUUAGAUAAAGACAAAUCUUUACAAGAAGUUAAUUCUAAAGAUACAAAUAAAACGGACAUCAAAACAAGCCAAACUUUAGAAAAUGAAGAUAAAGAAGCAAACAAAACAGAAGAUAAACCCAAUGAAGAACAUCAAAUCACUAAAGAAACUUUAGAAAAGGAUUUAGAAUUAAACACAGAAGAUUCUACUACAGCAAAUAAGGAGGACAAAGUUAUCAGCUGCGAAACACAUCCAAAAGGAGAAGAAACUCUUGAGAGCGAAACAAUUGAUAAAGACUCUCAUUCUCAAUCGCUACAAGAAGACUUAAAUAUAAUUUUACAUUACUCCUCAGGCGAAGAAUUAGAUAAAUCAGAUAACGAAACUGAGAAGCUAACAGUAGCUUCUGUAAAAUCUGAAGACAAUCAAGAAAGCACUGAUAGUGAUACGCGAAAUUUAAAAAAUUUGUGUUUAACGAAAAACGUAAAGGUUUUAGUGCGAAAACUACGUGCUGCAGAUUUAACUAGUUUAAGACAACCUAAAGUGAAAAUUCUACGAGUGAACUAUGAUAAGUAUGCCGAGGAAUUUAGAAAUAAACGGAGACGUAUUACUAAUAAAGCUUAUUUAGACAUUGACGACAGUUCCAACCACAGCUAUGGCACCAAUACCAGUUCCUCUGAUGCCUACCGUCCAUCUCGAGUUAAACGAAAAAUUCCCCUACGAAGACAUUCUAUGCGUCAAGCCAUGCGUACAUCAGAAUCGGACAAUGACGAUUCCACAAACUCGGAUGAUUUGAAAUUAUCUACGAUGGUGUUAAAAACAAAAGUACGCAAUAGACGUUUAAGUACACCCUCAUCAUCGCAAAGUUCCACGUUCGCAGCAGUCUCCUCCUCAUCAAAACGUGCUUUGGGUCCAAAAUCGACACGUUAUGCAGCCGGGCCAAAAUCUACCCGUCAUACGGCAGGCCCUAAAUCGGCCAAACAUAAUUUAGUGGUUAUACCACGUAGUGCCAGUGGCCUGAAAUUACGCAUCUCAAAUGCUGAACAAACUACUCAAGAAACGGGCGUAGGGAAAACUAGAUCAUCCACCUCUAUAGAGUAUGAUGAAAUCAUUCAAUUGUCUUCAUCAUCCAGUGAUGCAUGUAUUGUGAAUGAACUGGCGCCCAUUGUGGAAGAAGUUAUUGAAGUAGAUGAUCAUCCCUUGUUCGAGGAGGAAAUGGUUAUUUAAGUAGUUUUUAUAUUUACUUAUAGUAUAGUUGCUGUAAACAUAACAACAAAAUUAUAGUUUACAGUGUGAGAAACCAUUUAGAGCUAGUUUUUGGGAUAAAGAUAGUUUUCAUUUAGUUUAUAAUCUAGGUUUAACUGAGUAUAAUUGGGCAGUUAACUAAGCUAGAACUGUAAAAACACAAACAGCUGGAAUUAGCAAAUUAUAUUUCGUUAGUCGAUCUUUUUUGUUCAGCUUUAUUAACAUCAUUAUCAUUUUAUUUACUUUAAUUUCAGUUUUUCCUUGAAUAAAGUGAAUAUUUUCAAAAAAAAAAAAAAAAAUAUGAGAAAAUUAUGUCAAUGCUAACAAAAGUGGCAGUUUAUAAUUCAUUAGUGAGAAACACAAUCUUUGCUUAAAAUCCGGUUCAAUUUGUGUAACUAACAAGUAAAAAACUAGCUCUUAAUCGUUUUUAUUUAUUUAAACAUUUUUAAUUGUGUACAUAUUCAAAAUUUAAGUUAUUUAAUACAGAACAAAUUCUAAAUUAAAUUAAAAUCGUAAUAAUAAAGAAGAACAAAAUUUUGGUUUAUAAA